GAAGAGACGUCAGAGUUUAUGAUUGGCCAGGCUGGCGUGUGAAAUAGAGGAGAUGUCGUGCCACGCUUCCGAGUAUGAUGCUCCUUUCAGCCGAGUACCCCGGGUGUGGACCCUGACUGCACCUGCCCCAUUUGCAGAUGAAACGAGCUGCCAGUGCCAAGCACCCCAUGAAAAACUGACCAUUGCUCAGGCCCGCUUAGGAACACCAGUUGACAGGCCUGUCAGAGUAUAUGCAGAUGGAAUAUUUGACCUCUUUCACUCAGGUCACGCAAGGGCACUUAUGCAAGCAAAAACACUGUUUCCCAACAGCUACUUGUUGGUGGGAGUUUGCAGUGAUGAUCUCACCCACAAAUUCAAAGGUUUCACUGUGAUGAAUGAAGCAGAAAGGUAUGAAGCUCUCAGACACUGUCGCUACGUGGACGAAGUCAUCAGAGAUGCUCCAUGGACCCUCACACCAGAGUUUCUGGAAAAACACAAGAUUGACUUUGUGGCUCAUGAUGACAUUCCGUAUUCUUCUGCUGGUUCUGAUGAUGUUUACAAGCAUAUAAAGGAAGCAGGAAUGUUUGUUCCAACCCAGAGAACAGAAGGCAUCUCAACAUCAGACAUCAUCACCAGAAUUGUCCGGGACUAUGAUGUUUAUGCCCGACGCAACCUCCAGAGAGGGUACACAGCCAAGGAACUGAAUGUCAGCUUUAUAAAUGAAAAGAAGUACCGUUUCCAGAACCAGGUGGACAAGAUGAAAGAAAAGGUCAAGAAUGUGGAGGAAAGAUCAAAGGAGUUUGUUAACAGAGUGGAAGAAAAGAGUCAUGAUCUAAUUCAGAAGUGGGAAGAGAAGUCAAGGGAAUUCAUUGGCAACUUCCUAGAACUGUUCGGACCUGAUGGAGCAUGGAAGCAGAUGUUCCAGGAGAGGAGUAGCCGGAUGCUACAAGCCUUAUCACCCAAGCAGAGCCCUGUGAGCAGCCCAACCAGGAGCCGGUCCCCUUCCCGCUCCCCGUCACCCACCUUCUCGUGGCUUCCGAUCAAAACCUCACCUCCCUCCUCACCCAAAGCAGCCUCAGCCUCCAUCAGCAGCAUGAGUGAGGGGGAUGAGGAUGAGAAGUAAAGGUGGCUGGCAGGCAAGAGCCACACCACACAGGAGGGGGAGGGGCACUGGGGAUGCCUGGGUGGUGUUUGAAGGGGAAGAAUCAUGGGAGCUACAGCUCAAUAGGGAGGCCCUGAGCUCUGCUAAGGGAAGGUUGAUCUGUUCUCCCUCAUCUUCCACAUGGCCCAGCUGGGCUCAGCAUGGAGGUUUCCAGCUGGAGAACCUCCAUAAACCUUCUUAGCAUCCUCUAGAAUCACUCUAGUUUAACCUUGCUAAAGAGAGGAGCAGAGCACCCCAGGGAGACUUGCACUGAGUAGGGUGACUUCUGCUUUUAUCCAUGCCCCCAUCCCCAUCAAGUAAACUACCUGUGGAAGUGGCUGUUUCCUCAACCUGCUACUUUUGGCUCUUUAAAGGGCCUUGCACGUUGCCUCCUACCACCCAAGCUCUGCCAGAAUAAAUUUGUUUCCAAUAGAGGUGGCAAAGUGCUUCCGAAAUAGUCAUGUUAAAGACAAAUUCCAGUCUUCUCAGUGCAGCCACUAAGACCUGAUGUGGCAACACAUCCAAUCUUUCCAGUGCCAGGACCAUGGCUCAGAGCCAAAACCUUGCUUUGGAUCAGAUAUAAAAGGUGAUCUAGUGUGAACCCUAACUUCUCACUCAGAGGACAGUGUUGGCAAGGAGAAUUCCACCUAAGUCCUGAUGUGCUCCUGGCUGUACUUUCUCAU